UGGGAGGGGCUUUGUUUGAUACAUUAGCUUAGUUUUCACUGUGUGAGUUCUUGAGUGCACAUUGCAGCCAUCUUAAUUACACUUUAGUGCAACUGAGACAGUGCAGCUGUCUCAAAAUGGCUGCUGACCUAGUCUUUGUAGCUGCUUAGCCAGCAGGUAUGCCAAUAAGGAGACUUGUCACAUGCAUCAGGACCAGAGAUUCAAAAUGGAUAGUAUAGAAGAACCACAGAAAAAGAUAUUUAAGGCUCGAAAAACCAUGAGAGCAAGUGAUCGUCAACAACUUGAAGUAGUGUACAAAGCAAAAGAUGAUUUGUUGAAGACUGAUGUCAAGCUGUUAAAUGGUAGUCAUGAAAAUGGAGAUUUGGACCCAUCUUUGGAAAAUAUAGAUUAUAUUAAAGACAAAGAAGAGAUGAAUGGCAUUGAAGAACUUUAUUUUGAUUCAGAAGAAAGUAAAACAGAAUGGAAAGAAACACCCUGUAUCCUAAAUACUAAUGUCAAAAGCAAGCAGAAUGAUGAUUUAAGUAGUGAACUUUCAUUUUCUAAGAAUACAACUCCUGAGCCAGCCUAUCAACAGACUUCUGAACCACCUUCUGGUGUUCUGGCUUCAAGUGAUCUGGCCUCUAGAGAUUCAGCCUCUAGAGUACUGGCCCUUGCUGAUCCUCCCUCUAGUGAAACCCCCUCCAGUGAUCAUACCUCUGGAGAUCCCACCUCUGGUGAACGGGCUCCCAUUGAACCUGCCUCUGAUGAACUCAUCUCUGGUGAACCCACGUCUGGUGAAUCUGCCUCUGGUCAACCUGCCUCUAGUUCUGCUGAGCCUGCCUCUGGUGAAUUCUCCUCUGAUGACGUCUCCUCUGAUGAACCUGCCUCUAGUGAACCCACCUCGGGUCAACCUACCUCUGGUGAACUCGCUUCUGGUGAACCUGUUUCUGGCGAACCCCUCUCUGAUGGAACCACGUUUGGUAAUCUGGCCUCUAGUGAAUUGCCUUCUGGGGAUCUGACCUCCGGAGCACCGUCUGCAGUUGAACAGAACUCUGAUGAACCGGCCUCUGAUGAGUCGGCUUCUAGUGAAACACCCUCUGGUGAAACCUCUGGUGAACAGCCCUCUGUAACAUUGGCCUCUGAUGAUCAACCAGCCUUUGAAGCAAGUUCUCCAUCAGUUUGUGAAGCAGUUCCUGAAACUACACAGCUUACUAGCAAUAAAGACGAAGCUUUUCUCAACCAAAAAAGGGAUGAUGAAAAGUUAGACCAAAUUCAGAGUAAGGACUCAUUUGAAGAGGAAAAGAAAAGUGAUAGUAAAAUGGAUGCUAUUGAAGACAGUUUAGAGACAGAUGAAACGAUUUGUUCAGACCUACUUCCUGAAGAUGUAAAGAAGGAAGAGGAAGAUAGUAUGUCAGAGCUUGCCCUUGGAGAGGAGGCUAUAUCUAGUAGUAUGGAAAUUGAGCAAGCAGAAAAGAAUGAAGACGAAAAUUCCUUAGACCGCACAGAAACCAUUAGGGAAAAUGUUAUGGAAACUGACAAAAAUGAGAAUCUACUAGAAAACACAGAUUCCAUGGAGACAGACGAAAUUAUUCCUAUUUUGGAAAAGCUUGCACCUGCUGAAGAUGAACUUACUUGCUUCUCUAAAACUUCUCUCCUUCCAAUUGAUGAGACAAAUCCAGACUUGGAAGAGAAAAUGGAAGGGUCUUUUGGUUCACCAUCUAAACAAGAAAGUAGUGAGAGUUUGCCAAAAGAAGCCUUUCUGGUCCUCUCUGAUGAAGAGGACAUUUCAGGUGAAAAAGAUGAGUCUGAAGUUGUAUCGCACACUGAGACAUGCUCUCCAGAAGUAGACAACACUGAGAAGGACAGCAAACUGGAGGACGACGAGCAAGCAACGCCUGGAGAAGAUGAAAGGCCUUUGGAGAAAAAUGAAUUUUCCAGAAGAAAACGUUCUAAAUCAGAGGACAUGGACAAUGUACAGUCCAAACGCCGUCGCUAUCUGGAAGAAGAAUAUGAAGCAGAAUUUCAAGUAAAGAUUACAGCCAAAGGAGACAUUAACCAGAAGCUUAAAAAGGUUGUACAAUGGUUGCUGGAAGAAAAAUUGUGUACGCUACAGUGUGCUGUUUUUGAUAAGAAUUUGGCAGAAUUGAAAACACGAGUGGAAAAGAUUGAAUGUAACAAGAGACAUAAAACAGUUCUUACUGAACUACAGGCCAAGAUAGCCAGGUUAACUAAACGGUUUGGAGCAGCCAAAGAAGAUCUUAAGAAAAGACAAGAAAAUCCACCAAACCCACCUGUAUCACCAGGAAAACCUGCAAAUGAUGUGAGCAGCAAUAGCAAUGUACCAUACAGAAAUACCGGCACAGUGAGACAGAUGCUGGAGUCCAAAAGAAAUAUAAGCGAGAGCACACCACCUUCCUUUCAAACCCCUGUGAAUACAGUAUCUUCAACCAACCUUAUCACUCCUCCAACCAUUGUCAGUAGUCAGCCUAAAUUGCAGACUCCAGCAACUUCAGGUUCUUUGACAGCAACAUCAGUUCUUCCUGCACCCAACACAGCUACAGUAGUCACUACUACUCAGGUGCCUAGUGGAAAUGGCCAGCCUACAAUCUCUUUACAAUCUUUGCCAGUGAUUUUGCACGUACCUGUUGCUGUAUCAUCCCAGCCUCAGCUCCUUCAGAGCCAUUCAGGGACAUUAGUGACCAAUCAACCUUCUGGCAGUGUUGAGUUUAUUUCUGUGCAAAGCCCACCUACAGUGGGUGGUCUUACCAAAAAUCCAGUGUCUUUGCCAUCUUUGCCAAACCCUGCUAAAUCGAACAACGUCCCACCUGUGCCCGGUUCUAGUAUGCAGAGGAACUCUUCGGCCAGCACUGCACCUUUAGGAACAGCCCUUGCCGUGCAAGCUGUUCCAACAGCACACUCGAUUGUACAAGCCACAAGGACUACUUUGCCUACGGUAGGCGCAUCAGGACUCUAUAGUUCGUCAAAUAACCGAGGGUCGUUACAGAUGAAAAUUCCACUUUCUGCUUUUAGUACUUCAUCUCCUGCAGAUCAGAGCAGCACUACUACCCCAAUAAUUGAAAACCAAAAUAACAAAGCACUGGAUACUUCUGUUAAUAAGAAAGCAGCUGAUAGUACAACACAGACUGGGAAACCCACAGCCAGUGAUUCAGGCAGUGUCAUCGAUCUCACAAUGGAUGAUGAGGAGUGUGGAACCUCACAAGAACCCAAAAAACUAAGUCACACUUCUGUAUCAACUGUCGGUUCGUCUCAGCCUGUGACUCGACCAUUGCAACCCAUACGGCCAGCGCCCCCCCUUCAGCCAUCUGGGGUGCCAACAAGUGGACCAUCUCAGACAACCAUACACUUACUACCUACCGCACCAACCACCGUGAAUGUAACACAUAAUCCAGUAACUCAGGUUACAACAAGGCUCCCUGUACCAAGAGCUCCUGCAAACCACCAAGUUGUUUAUACAACUCUCCCGGCACCACCAGCACAGGCUCCCCUUCGAGGGACAGUCAUGCAGGCUCCUGCUGUGAGGCAGGUGAAUCCUCAAAAUAGUGUCACCGUUCGAGUGCCUCAGACAACUACGUAUGUUGUAAACAACGGACUGGCGCUGGGAUCAGCGGGACCUCAGCUCACGGUGCACCACCGACCACCACAAGUGCAUGCUGAGCCCCCACGCCCUGUGCACCCAGCACCUUUACCAGAAGCCCCACAACCACAGCGUCUGCCCCCAGAAGCUGCCAGCACAUCUCUGCCUCAGAAGCCACACCUGAAGUUAGCACGAGUUCAGAGUCAAAAUGGCAUCGUACUGUCAUGGAGUGUCCUGGAAGUGGAUCGAAGCUGUGCCACUGUUGAUAGUUACCAUCUCUAUGCUUAUCACGAGGAACCCAGUGCCACUGUGCCCUCACAGUGGAAAAAGAUCGGGGAAGUGAAGGCACUUCCUUUGCCCAUGGCUUGUACUCUCACCCAGUUUGUGUCUGGCAGCAAGUACUACUUUGCAGUAAGAGCCAAGGACAUUUAUGGGCGAUUCGGACCAUUCUGUGACCCGCAGUCAACAGAUGUGAUCUCUUCUUCCCAGAACAGUUAAACCCUGAAGCCUUUAUCUCUUUCAGAAGUUCGACUUUUUGGUCUUGUUUUUAAUCCUGUGCAUGGUACCCAUUAUAAAAAUCAACAUUCUGCAAGAUUCCUUGGACGGGUAUGUCCGAAACACUACAUUUGUUUAUAACCAAAAGUAAAAUAAACUCUACCUAUAAAGCAAGAAUCUAUUUUCCUGGACAAUUCAAGCUUCAAACUUUUGAAAUGUAAAUGUGCACCUUGCUUAUUUAGUUUUGAGGCUAGAGUCUUGGGAAUAGUUGUGGGUGUUUGUGUUUUGUUUUUCCCCCUUAUCCACCUGUUUCUUGAAGUGGAAUCUCCCACCUCCAUUCUCAAAUUUACCUCUUUUUCAGUUAAAUCGAUCAAAGGAUAUUAAUUACAUAAGUGGCAGGAUAAUGAUUCUGAUUCUGAGGGAUCUGUGGGAUCAUGGUUACUCAUUUAAAUUGUAUCUAAACAAAACCCAAAGUAAUACAUGAAGAAGGAUGACUACAUUAAAGUAACUAAAAGUAUUAAUUUGAACACAAGGGAGAAACAGUUCAUCUUUUUUUGUCAAGAAUCUCUUGAGUUGUGUAUCAGGAGUAAAAGCCACAGGCGGCCCUGUCUUUCUCUUCAUCUGGUGUUUUGAAUUUAUUUUGUGCCUUAAAGACUAACUACAAAUAUAAGCACGGCCAUAUGUCCAUAGCUGUUUACUCUUCCCUUUCAGCCUUUCGCCCUUCAUUUCUCCUGCAUCUCCAGCAAGUGUGCCCUGUCCCCCCAAACCAAGGCUUUUAUAUAUAUUCGCACCUGUGGUUAUCAUUACAUUUAACUUAAAAGAAUAAUAAUUAAAAAUUGAUGUGCUAUUUUCUUCUAUAGAAUACAAAUGUUUUAUUUUUGGUCACUAUAUAAAUUCACUCUCUGUAAAGUGGACCAAGAGAAAACGAAUUGUGCUUUACUGUCUGUGUUGUAUGAUGUCCUAGAGAUUAUGAAAAUAAUUUUAGUUCACCCCCCAAACCUAGUGCCGUUCCAAAGGAAGUAAGUGGUAAAAUUCACAAAGCACAGGAAACAAAUAUCUAAAGGGGGAGCACCAUGUCUUCUUUAUUCCCAUAUCGAUCAACCUAUUUUAAUCUGUUAUGUUUUGUGGUGCCAAGUCAUUUAUUUAUGCCAGCCAUGAAUAGACGUUUCAGCAUCUCCUCUGGGGUCAUUUUCUAUAACAAUUAUGUGUAAAAUCCUGUGUAACUCCAUUUCUCUUCAGAGUUAAUAAAAUUCAGCUUCGAGUGUGGAUUGUCAUUACCAGCUACAUGGUAUCAGCUUAGGGUUAAGUGUAGAUAGUUUAAGACAGCAAGGCUGGGGUAAGUUUGAGAAUAAACGCCUGAUUGGAAAUGCUUUAAAAGAAUUAAUGGAGUUUGUAAAAUAAAUUUUCAAGCCAUCUGGACCUUAACAUAUUUAAUCUGUAAUUUGACCGUCUCAAAUUUGUCAUUGAUUUUCCCGGGAAUUACUUUAAGUGCAGUUUUGUUUGCAGCUCUGUCAUGGGAAUUCUGGCUAUAAAAUUCUCAGAGAAAAUAUGCUUCACAGGUCAUGUGCUAUCAUCUUAAUCGUGAAGGUUGAUGUUACAGAAAGCCUACAGGUAGCAAAAACGUGAAGUCUCUGACACCUUCCUUUCGCUUGCAGAGGACGAGAUCAUAAUGAGAAUUGGUGUUCUCAUGACUCUAGUUUGCCAACCAACUGUGUAGAUGUUCCUCGUUCCAGGACUAAUUUUAAGAUGAUAGUAAAGUUGUCAGUGUAAUGACAAUGAUCAUUUCAAAAUGGGGAAAUUGAUGAUCCUCUUGAUGUAUAUGAGCAUCUAUCUAUCUCUAUGUAGAUACAUUAGUUAAUGUUGAUUUAUGUGAUCAGGAUUUCUGUGUACAGAAUUAGCCUGUGUUCAAAAUUAUUCUGUAUUGACCUAUUUUAUGGUCAUGUGACAUUUGCUUACUAGUAUAGAAAAAGUUCCCUUGAUAAGUGUUUAUAUUCAUUAUUUUUUUUAAAGCUUUCAAGCAUUAUAUAAUCAAGCGAGGAAAGCCCAGUAGGAUAAAAAUAUUUUAUUAUUUUAGCCUAUAUUGUGUGUUUUCUAUGAAAGGGGAUGGGGGGGUGGUGGUGUGAUAGUAAAUUCUCAAAUAGUAACCUGGAAAUAGCUUUACUACAAUAAACUUAAAAUUGUUUUAUUCCAGAUGGUGGAAGGAAGGUACAAAGAGAACAUUGCAAUGUUUUCAGGCUCCUCAAAUUAGCUGCCAUGUGAUUUAUGGGCAACAGCUACACUGAUGUACUAAAAGGUGCUAGACCAGAACCCAAGGGAGUCAUCGUGAACAGGUUUUUAUUUCGUGUGCUGGCUGUUGAUUUUGUGAUUUCUUUAGGGAGUGAGAAUGGAGGUUCACAGCUAAAAAUAGCUACUUAAGACAACUUUUUAGUAGCAAGUCACACACCAUGGUACCCUUUUGUAUUUCAUGGUACCUUUUCACAAAGUAUUACAGAUAAAGCUCAAUUAUCCCAUUUGGGGAAUACAAGUUUGCUACAUUUUCAGCCUGACCAUACUUGGGUAAGUAUUGCCCUGUGGGGAUCUUGGAAACUUCUGCUCUUCAGCCUGCAAUGUCUGGCAUUUAAAGGUAGCUACCACAAGGUUUGUUACUCUCUACCGGGCACUUUGUCAGAGUACUCUUCACCCUGUUCUAAGUGUGAUUUAAACCUCUUUUUAAAAUUAUGUUCCUGCCGGUGGAUUUGUAUACUGCAUACAAACAAAACAUCUGUUCCAACAGUUAACUGCGCCUUCUGUUUCUCUAUGCUCGCUUUUUAAAAACUGCAGAAUACUGUGUACUGUAUACAUUUAGGGGACAGGAGAGCUUUCCUCUUUGACAAGUGAUUUUUGGUUUUUUUGGAGAGACCAUUUGCCUCACAGAGGUGUUCCCUAUUCACUCUUCCUCGCCGCCGUUGCCAGAUAGUCCCUUGGGAAGAGGACCAAAAGCCAGGAGCUUGGACUCUUCCUUGGGGCCCUCUCGUCUGCAGAACCUAGGCCGAAUUGCACCAUACUGUAUUGGAUACAGUGAGAUGGGUUUUCUGUUGUUGUUUGCUCCUUUGCUUUGAUGAUUCUCAAUGAUUUAUGCAGCAAGGCUAGUGUUAAUAUUGCAUGAUCUGCAUAUAGCUUCCGUAAGUUUUCCAGUACUGUACAAGAGCCACAAAAUAAGGCCGGUGACAUCCUCAUCCCUCACUAUAGAUACUGUGGUCUUUGCACAGACGAGUCCUGCAAAGGCCUUCCAAGUAUUCUCCCCAAUUUUCCUCCUUGGGCUGCUUCCGUGUCUUUUGAUUAUUUUUCUUACUUUAAUUUUGUCCCUGACCCAUUAUUGGCCAUUUUAUUCUGAUUUCCAGUGAAAUCAUGUCCCAGUAUUAGAUUAUUAUAAAUAACUGUAUGUAAAUCAAUGUAUGAUUCUGCCUUCCUUCCUAUUAACUGGGCCAAUUAUGCCCUCUUUUUGGACAAAAAGUGAAAAAGCAAUCCUUUUAUAAGGUGUUUUAUUAGUGUGGCAGAUCUACCUGCUUUCUUAAACUCAUCCCCUUGAGCCAACCAUGGGGAGGAAGAAGACAGAAUACAAGUUUUGUCUUCUCAUAAAAAUUGUUUUUGUUUCUUGUUUGUAGAGUCAGCUAAGAAUCCAUCAUUUAUAUUUAAAUGCUAUCUUUUUUUAAUUUUAAUUUUUGUAAAUAAGGUAAUUGGGUAACCAACUGCCUUUGAGGAUCCUGGCUUAAGUAUUUUAUCAACCAUGUGAAAAUUAAAUGUAAAAAUACUUUGUAGGAAACUUGCAUCCUGAUUUUUCUUUAUUGCAGCUGAAAAUGUAAAGAAUAAGGUCAUGUAAGACCUUCCUAAUGUCUAAUAUCAAUUGGGCAAGUUGCCCAAUUUUUAUUAGCUUUUGAAGGUUUUUUUGUUUUUUUAAUGUACAGUAUAGUGGUUUCUGUAUAAGUGUUAACUGUAGUGGGGUUUUGUGCAGCAAGCCUGAAAUUUAUACUUUGAAAUAAACUACUGGGUUUUUAA